AUGGUAGGCUCCAGUGUGGACCAGGAGGACCCAGAGCCCCCACACAUUAAAGAGGAAGAGGAGGAACUGUGGAGCAGUCAGGAGGGAGAGCAGCUUCAAGGGCUGGAGGAGGCUGAUAUCACCAAGUUCACAUUCACUCCUGUCCCUGUGAAGAGUGAAGAUGAUGAAGAGACACCUCAGUCUGAGGGACAUCACUGUGGAGGACCAGGAGCUGACACUUACGACAGGACCAGAGACUGUUCCGAAGCUGAGACUGACAACAGUGAUGAUUGGACAGAGACCAAGGAACCGACAGGUUUAAAGAAACCAUUUACCUGCUCCAGGUGCGGGAAAAAAAUUAGCACUAAGGCUCAUCUGAGGGAACACAUUAGGACUCAUACAGGAGAGAAACCAUUCAGCUGCUCUGAAUGUGGGAAAAGAUUUGGCACAACAACACAUCUGAAAGGACACAUGAGGAUGCACACCGGAGAGAAACCGUUCAGCUGCUCUGUCUGUAAGAAGUCUUUCGCACAAGGCGGAGGUUUACAGCUGCACAUGAAAAUCCACACUGAAGAGAAACCAUUCAGCUGCUCAGUGUGUGGGAAAAGAUUUAUCCAGAAGGUGCAGCUGACACAACACAUGACCAUCCACAGCGGAGAGAAACCAUUCGGCUGCGACGUUUGUCACAAAAGACUUGCCACUCGUCAGCUGGUGACACGACACAAAUGUGUUGGCAGUCAGUCCUCGCAACGAACUCCAACUGAACACAUAAAUACAGAAGCUGAUGGAGAGGACUGUGGAAGACCAGGUCCAGUCAGGAAUUCAGAUCCAGAUCCACAUUCACAAGACAAGAUCGGAGACUCUUCUGAAGCUGAGACUGACGACAGUGAUGAUUGGACGGAAACCAGAGAACCUCAGUCAGGGUUCACAUAUCAGAGAUAUAAAAAAGUCUUUGAUAACAAGGCUGAAAAUAACCUUGGUGCUGUCGGCAGUAAUUUUUACAAACAUGCUCAGAACCACGUGAAAACUGAGGAUGUCUUUGAGACUGAAACAGGAAGUAAUAAUACCGAGGAGAAACCGUUCAGUCACACUGAAAACUCAGAUGCUCACCUGAUGUGUGACACAGGAGUGAAACCGUUCCACUGCUCAGUGUGUAGCGUCGGUUUCAGCGACAGUGAGGCGUUAGUCCAGCACAUGAGGGUCCACACUAGACAGACUCAGUUCAGAUGCCAAAUCUGUGGUCAAGAAUUCACUUGGAGGCGUUACCUGACCAAACACAUGGAGGUCCACAAAAUCUACAGCUGCAAAGUCUGCGACAAAAAGUUCACCUGGUACUAUCAGCUGAAAGACCACCAGUGUGUCGGCCACCGGUCUGACACUGACAGAGAGGACUGUGGCGGACCAGGACCAGCCAGGAACUCAAAUCCAGGUCCAGAUUUACAACCAGGCACCGAUGAUAGUGUUGAUAGUGACUUUUGGAAGGAGACCAGAGAACGUCCCUCUGGUUCGGACUCCUUUAAAAAAUGCGAGAGAUGUAAAACUGACGUGAAACCGUUCAGCUGCUCCGAGUGCGUGAAAACGUUUGGCUCCAGCGGAGAACUUAAGAUCCACAUGAGGACUCACACCGGAGAGAAACCGUUCACCUGCUUGGUUUGUCAGAAAUCUUUUACGCAGAGAGGAAGUUUGCGGAGACACGUGAUGGUUCACAUCAGGGAGAAACCGUUUAAUAGCUCACUGCAUGACACGAGACCCCGCGGCAGGUCCAGCUCAGCCCAUCACGUGAGAAUCCACACAAGGUCGUCAACGCAGCUCAGGAACCAUCAGCGUGUUGGUCUUCAGUCUGCAAAGCUUCAUCAGAGUCAACAGAUAAAAACAGAAGCUGGUGGAAAACCAGAACCAGUGAACGCAGGAGGAGAAGUACGACCAGUGCUCAGAGACUCUUCUGAAGAUGAAACUGAUGACAGUGAUGAUUGGACGGAGACCAAGGGUCAGUCAGGUGUAAAGAAACUGUUCAGCUGCUCCGAGUGCGGGAAAAGAUUUGGCCUCAAAGGUAACCUGAACCGACACAUGCGGACUCACACGGGAGAGAAACGUUUUAGCUGCUCAGUGUGUACGAAAUCUUUCGCUCAGGGUGGAACGUUACAGAGACACAUGACGGUUCACACCGGAGAGAAACGAUACAACUGCAGCGUCUGUAAAGAAAGAUUUGCCUGGCGUCAACAAGCCGACAGACAUAAAUGUCAUGGCCGUCAUGGUGGAGAGGACAGUGGAGGACCAGAACCAGCUGGGAACUCUGAUCCAGAUCCAGAUUUACAACCAGACUCUUUGAGAUGUGGUCCUGAUGAGAAACCGUUCAGCUGCUCCGAGUGCGACAGAAGAUUUGCCCGAAAGGCCCAUCUUCAGGAACACAUGAGAACCCACACGAGAGAGAAACCGUUCAGCUGCUCCAUCUGUACGAAGUCUUUCACCCAGAGCGGGAGUCUACGGCUUCACAUGAGGAGCCACACUGGAGAGAAACCAUUCAGCUGCUCAGUAUGCGGGAAGAGAUUCCAUCGCAAGGAGAACUUAGUCCAGCACGACAGAACACACACCGGAGAGAAACCGUUCAGCUGCUCCGUCUGCAAGAAGUCUUUCACUCAGAGAGGAAACUUACUGACACACAUGAGGACGCACACGAGAGGGGACGGAUUCAGCUGCAGCGUCUGCGGACAAAUGUUCGCUCGGCUGUUUCAGCUCAGGAACCAUCAGUGUGACGGACGUCAUCCAUCGCAGCUUCGUGAAACUGCGUCAGACUGAGAACAGAGAACUUUUGUUGGUUAAAAAAAAAAGACUGUUACUAAAUGUUUCUGUCUCGUUAAAGACUGUUUCAAAGAAAUUCUUUCUUGUUAAAAACUCACAAAAAGUUUAGUUUUUGUUAACAACCAAAAAACAGUUUUUAACCCAGAGCCCGACCUGAUCAGGCUGAUCAGCCUCACAUUGAGUUGUGAGGAUCACGCUGUCUUCCUCAGGGAUCAGAAACAUCAGACAGAGUGUUGAACUAUAACGUAGUCCCUGGCCUGGUGAUGUCGGAUAGCUCUCCCCUCUCUCUUACAGCUGGAACACAUUUCUCAUGUCGGCAAAGAUCGGCUCAGGUCAAUGACCUCGACACCUCGACAUGUCAUCUUGACCCAACCCUCAUCCAAUUUUUCAAACAAGUGUUUAGUUGUCUUGAGGAUUUUGUUCUUGAAAGUGUAAAUCAGUCUCUGGUCAAACCUCUUCUCAAGAGACGCUCUGGUCUGAAGCAGCUUCAGGUACAUUUCUAAUCCACCUGUCGUGAGUGAGAUCACCGGAGAGCAAGUGUCCCGAUAGCUCAACAGUUAUUUAAAUUCACACUGUAUCAGCUUUUACACCAUUAAUCGUAGCGUCCUUCUAAACCGGCUCCGUACCCAUCUGAACAUUUCAGGCUCAGUUCUAACCUGGUUCAACCCUAUGCUGACGAUACUCAGCUGUAUAUCUCAUUCUCAUCACAUGAUAAAAGCCCAACUGAAAAACCGUCUCGCUGUAUCGACCACAUUAAUACAUGGAUGUCCCAAAAUUUCCUGCAACUCAACAGGGACAAAACAGAGGUUCUAAUCAUUGGUUCAAAAGAAAAGCAACUUCGAUGUAACAUCAUUUAGAAAAGCUGAAGUACAGAAGCUUUUAUCUGACGCAGACUGGACCACUUUAAUGCCUUGUUCUCAGACCUCUCACAGAAACCUUUAAACAAACUGCAGAUGAUCCAAAAUGCAGCAGCACGUCGACUCACCAAGACUAAACAAAGAGGACACAUGACUCCGGUUUUAGAGGCUCUUCAUCGACUUCCUGUUCACUGUUUAAAUCUCUUGAUGGACUGGCUCCUGACUGUUAAUCUGAUAUGUUGGUCAGUCCCUCAGAUCCUUCAGGUCUUCCACCUCUGGUCGACUAAAUGUAGUCAAACUAAAAGACACGGUGAUGCUGCGUUCAGAGGACGUCAAGCUCUGAUUCAGUCAACAGCUUCAAACUAAACCUUAAAACCUUCAAAUCAGACCCAGCUAAAACACAACGUUUCCAUAACUGUCCUGGAACCUUCUGGGAACGUUCCCAAACGUUCCUAGAACAUGUUUUUAAUGCAGUAACUGGCAGGAAGUAAACAGGGACUGCAGAUUGACGAACGUUUUGACAACGUGAUAAUGUCACAACAGAAACGAAUGUGAAAUAAUUUGUAAUAAAGUUUUUAUGAUUUGUG